CUUUGCGCAUGUGUGAUCACAUUCGAGAGAUUUCUCAGCGGAGUCCAAAACACAUGAGAGAAAUCCUGUCUACACCGACACAAAGUGACAGCAUUGGUGUUUUGUGAUCCACAGAGGUUCUUCACUUCGGACGGCUUACCUCAGCCACAGUCAUGGUGUGCAUUCCCUGUAUUGUGAUUCCUGUCCUAUUGUGGGUCUACAAGAGGUUCCUGGAGCCUAUCCUAUAUCCCUUCAUUUCACCAAUUAUUAAUACAUUCUGGACCAAAAAAGCAGUCCAGGAGACUGGCGCAAGUGACCAAAAAGUUAGUGAAAAGAGUAAUGGGACUCACAAGCCGGAAAGCAAUGGUGAGGCCACUGCCAAUGGAUCUACUAUAGCAGCAGAUAAGAAGACAGACUGACAGCUUUAAAUGUUUAUAAUGCUUAUAAAACUGUGUAAAUAUUCCAUUAAUAUAAUAUAGAUAAACUAUGAAAUAACUUAUCAGUUCUCUUUGAAUGGAGUGGUUUUUACAACCUUCCAAAAUUGUAUGUGAAUUUUUAAUUUUUUCAUUUAUAUUACAGUAAAUUUAAUGAAUUGGUUAUUGUUACGUUUUCCCUGUUAAUCAUGUCGAUAUAUGCAUUUACUUUAUUGGAUAUUCAGUCUUAAUGAAAUAGUUUUUCUAAGUCAAACUUGCAGUUUAAUAACUGAAUAAAACAGAACCUUCAAAUAAAAAAA